AUGUACACCUUCCCUCUGCUCUCCUGUUUCCCCGACAGGAUUGACCUUCCGUGCCCCAAAGGCUGGUGGGGGAACCCCGUGUGCGGACCUUGCCACUGUGCCGUCAGCAAAGGCUUUGAUCCCGACUGUAACAAGACCAACGGGCAGUGCCAGUGCAAGGAGAAUUACUACAGGCCCCCGGAUCAGGACGCGUGCCUGCCGUGUGACUGCUUCCCGCACGGUUCCCACAGCCGGGCCUGUGACAUGGACACUGGGCAGUGUGUCUGCAAGUCCGGCGUCAUUGGCCGCCAGUGCAACCGCUGUGACAACCCUUUUGCUGAGGUCACCACGCUUGGCUGUGAAGUGAUCUACAACGGAUGUCCCAGAGCAUUUGAGGCUGGCAUCUGGUGGCCGCAGACCAAGUUCGGGCAGCCGGCGGCGGUGCCGUGCCCCAGGGGAUCUGUGG